AUGGCAUACAACGGCUAUGGACAGAGCAACCCUUAUGGCUCCAAUGCUGGCUAUGACACUCCUCCGACAUACAGACCUCAGAACGAUGUCGAGAUGCAACCACUCAACGACCCCUUCGCAGACCCUUACGGAGCUGGUCAACAAUCAGAUCCUAAUGCCAUUCUGAACGACUGUCGUGAAGUCGGUCGUGCAAUUGACGAUGUCGAGGGUCGUCUGCAAGGACUCCAGCGUCUCCACAGACAAUUCGUCUCGGGCACAAACUCCACAAACAAGGAAAUCGAUGCAGCAGGCUCCGAGAUCAUGACCGCCUACCACGCUCUAGCCGACCGCGUCAAGAGAAUCAAGUCCAGACCCGAGUCCAGAAACCCUCGCAAUGAAGCUCAGGUCAACGCCCUCGACCGCCGUAUCCGCAAGGCAAUCAACAACUACCAGACUGUCGAGUCACAGUUCCGCAAGGAUGUCCAAGAGCAGCAGCGUCGUCAAUACCUCAUCGUCAACCCUGACGCUACCGAGCAAGAAAUCAUCCAGGCCACAGAGUCUGGUGCCGAUACACAGAUCUUCCAGCAGGCUCUCCUUAACUCGGACCGCCGUGGACAGGCUCAAAGCACCCUGGCAAAUGUCCGUCAACGUCACGAUGCCAUUCAGCAGAUCGAGCGUACCAUGACCGAGUUGGCUCAGCUCUUCCAAGAUCUCGACGAAAUCGUCACGUUGCAAGAGCCUAUGAUUAUGAACAUCGAGGAAAAGGCCGAAGAAACGCAGACGAAUAUGGUUCAAGCAAACGAGCACCUCGAUGUUGCCACCACAAAGGCAAGAUCUGCCAGAAGAAAGAAGUGGUACUGCCUCGGUAUCUGCAUUGCUAUCGUUCUGGUCAUUAUCAUCAUCGUCCUCAUCUACCUCGGGGUUACUGGCAAGCUCGGUGGUCACAAGGAUAACAACAACACAGCUUGA